GCGGGGGACGCUCCGUUAAGGCUUUCCAGGACAAGAGCCGGCAGUUCUGUCUCUGAGACGGAGCCAGGCUGCAGACGGAGUGGUAAUUGCUGUCUGCUAACCGGCUCGACUCGGGCAAAAGCUGUAAUUUCUUUUUUUUUACUCCCCCCCACCACUCCAACCCAGCUGUGAUGCAGUAAAACGGCGGUGCGUGUCCUGUAACGUGCUGUCUGCUGUGUCACGGCCCGGUUGACCCCAAAGUGAGCGUGCAUGUUUAUAUGUUGCACAACGCGCAACCUCUGUUCACUUUUCCAGCGAGUAAAUGUGUGUGUGUGUGUGUGUGUGUGUGUGUAAAGGUUGCUUAAGAUGAGCUGCAUGAGUGCGCUUUUUUCAGACGGACACAGCAAGAGCAGGGGAAGGGGCAUAAUGGCGCUUCUCCGGCGGGUCGGCCUUCCGCUGCUGCUGCUGCUGCUGCUGGCCGUCCGGUGCGGUGCCGUCAGAAACUGCCACCCGAGCUGUCACUGCGAGGUGGAGAACUUUGGGCUCUUCGACAGCUUCAGCCUGACCAGGGUGGACUGCCGAGGCGUGGGCCCCGGCGUCUCCAUGCCCGUCGCCAUCCCUCUGGACACCGCCCACCUGGACCUGUCCUCCAACGACAUGGGCCAGCUCAGCGACGCCGCGUUAGCCGGUCCGGGCUACACCACGCUGAUUAGUUUGGACCUCAGCAGCAACAAAAUUACCAAGAUUAGCCCCAGUGCGUUGUCCAAGCUGCGUUACCUGGAGAGUCUGGACCUGAGCUACAACGCCCUGGAGAGUCUGCCUCCCAGCUGUUUCUCAGGGCUCCCUCUGGCCGAGGUGGACCUGAGCCACAACGCUUUCCAGGAGUUCGACAUGGCCGUGUUCGCGGCCAAAGUGAACGGCGAGCCCGUCAGCGUGGACCUGUCCCACAACAGGCUGGCGUCGGUCUCCGCCACCUUGCACGGAAGAGCUCUAAACAUUCAGAGUGUCAAUUUGUCCGUAAACCAGCUGGUCAACGUGCCGAGCAUGGCGGGGCUGACGCUCAGGUACCUCAACCUGGACGCCAACCCCAUCGCAAAGAUCAAGAAGGGAGCCUUUGCUCAGCUGAAGGAUUUGGUUUAUUUGUCCCUCAGCGGCCUCGGCGAACUACGCGAAAUCGAGCCGCACAGCUUCAAAGAUCUCCAGAACCUGCAAGUCCUGGACCUCUCCAAUAACUCGGAGCUUAAGCGCCUGAGCCCCGCGGUCUUCUGCGGCCUAGACUCCCUGCAGGAGCUCAACCUGUCCGCCUCCGGCGUGACGACGCUGCCGACUAACAUGCUGAGCCACCUCCCCAGCGUUAAAAGCAUCACUCUCGGACAGAGCAUCCACUGCUGGAGGACGCAGAAGCAGGGUCAGUACCAUCGGCAGACGGGGCAGGUCCGGCACGACGAGGAGCUGCACUGUGACGUGGAGGGCAUCGUUUUGUGAGACCGGGCCUGAGGGUAUGAACCACUCCCUUUCAGCCGGCCCGUGACCGUGCGCCUGAGGCUCGUCUGCUUUGGUAUGCAAAGCACUCUGAGCGGCUCGCUCAGGUAAAUCUGAUCCUGGCUGAUACAGUGGAUCGUAUCUAAUCAUUUAAAAUGUAGCUUUUUUUUUUUUUAACAAAAAAAAAAACAAUUCUGGACACUUUAUCCUGCAUGCUGUACUUUCUUAACUGCACAGACCAACUUAUCCGGUGUAUUAAUGUUUUUAUACUUUUAAACAAAUGGAUAAAUCUACCAUGAUUAGAUCAGUUUUUGCCCCCAUAACAUGUUGAUUCACAUGUUUAGUUUCACAGGAUUAUCUUCAGGACUACUUGAAUUUAUUCUUUAAUAAUGUACAUAUACCAGUCAGAUUGUACAUUGUUACCAUUUAACCACUAAGAGUUUUCAUUAGACUAUGAAUGUCUGUGGUGAAGGGAGGGGAAGGCUAAGGGAGGAUUUGGAACUGGUUCGGACAGUUUUUCUCACAACAGUUCGUUGGCCUUUAUGCUGCAUUCGAUUCAUCUCAGAUUUAAAUCUUUGGACGACGUCUACGAUAAGCAAUAGAAGACAUGCAAACAUAUUUCUCUCCGUUAUGUGGAUUUAAAAAGCAAAGCAACCCACUCACAAACAGAAAUAGGUCAUUGGUCGUUGAGUGCAAACAAACAUUGCCUUCUUCUUUCACUGCAUUUUCUGUCUCUGGCGGCCAUGUUGGAUCUGAGCUUGGGGUAGGAACCCCUCUAGUAAGAACAGAAACCCUGAGAGAGGGGGGGGGGGGUUACAUGUCGAGCACCAAUCGAAUGCACCGUUACGUUGAAGUUACAGCUGGAGCGUGAUUGGUUUACCUUGGUUUAGCUUAGCAGACGGACCAAAGAGAGAACAGUUAUUUUGGUUUUCGUUGGUUGGUUUAUUCUAUAAUAAGUAAUGUUUUAAAGGUUGUACACAUUUUUUUUUUCUCCUGUGUAAAUCUGUUUUUAUCCAUUACUUAUGGCAAAUUUGUUUUACAAACUUGGAAAGAAAAUUGGUCAUGGGCAUCCUCACCUUGUCGUGUCUUAAAGCAGUGCGCAGUAUUUAAGGGUAUCUGUUGGCAGAUAUCCAAUCUGCAGGAAAAGGUAGAAGUUUUUUUUUUUUUUUUUUUUCUUCCCAGUUUACCUGCUGAACUUUUAAGAUGCUAAACGCAGCAGUGUAAGUCACUUUGGUUAAAAAAAAAAAACUUUCUCUAAAUGAAUGUAAUUUAUUGAAUGUAAUAGAAAAGUUUGUCUGCUUUUUCAAGACUACACUCUGCACUAGGCAUGGGUCUGGAUGGGUUUCUCAGACUGAAUGACAGUAUUUAUGUAAAGAAUCUAAACAAAAAUACACCUUACUGCCUUUAUUUAAUCAAAUAAAUAUUCCCGCUGGUUGUGCAGAACAGGAUCCCUUUUAGUUGCUUGAAGUACAAAAAGCAGCAAGUCAGCAACAGAUGGGGGAGGGGCAACACUGUAUUACUCUACAGCCAAUGUGAAUGCCGGUCACUUUAGCGAUUUCUCUGGCAUCUUAAUAAACUGGUAACUUUAAACCACGAGGAGGCUUUUAAAACCAUAAUAUUGAGACCGGUAACCGGCCCAUGCCUGCAUUGCAUCCUCAGAUUCAUCAAAUCAAAUGAUUACAGCCUUUUACCCCUAAGCUUUUUACUAUAAUUGUUUAGAAUGUUUUUUGUUUUUAACUUUGACCAGAAUUCAAUCAAACGUUAUUGAAAAGGCUACGUGCUCAAAACUCAAAAACGGAAUUUCUGAAAUCUUAAACUCUGGCACUUUUUUCUGGCAUUGCCUCCAAAGUACUUUAAGCUGCAGGACACACCAAGAAUAUUUCACAUUUUAGCGUUUUUUUUUUUUGUUUUUUUUAAAGCUGUAAAUCUUUAAACAGCUCUUGCCUGUUCUGCGCACCAUUUGUUUAAUGAUAAGCUACACCGAGCCUGUUAGUUGUUUUUCCCCAAGAACAAAUUUAAACUCCACGUUUCAAUGUCCAAACCUUUUUUUUUUUUUUCUGCUUUAUUUGAAUCUUCAUUUUCUCUGACCAUUUCAUCACUUUGAAGGCUUUUGCCACUGUUCUUAUCGAUCGUAAUUUUUUUUUGCCACCAACAUUACGCAGCAGCGGGUAAAACGAGGUGAGAGCAGGUUGACCGGAGUCUAGUUUCCCUGAACAACGACCACUAACGGUUUAUUCCAUGUUCUGUAUAAACUUUAUUUUGCUCUGUAAAUGUGCACACGUGUACGCUGACCUUUCUAUGCCUUUUUUGUAUUUAGAGCCUCAAACAAUCAGCCGCCAGAAAGGUUGUGGAGACUUAAGUCGGCCUUCAAACAGUUCAUUGUGUUAAUGAAAAAAUUACAUAUUUUGUUUAAAGACCUAUAUUUGUAUGAAUGUAACUAUACUGUACAUAAAUGUGUAAUAAAUUGACCCCUUACACUGUGA